GUCGCCGCCUUCUCUGUGGUACGCUAUGUUAACAGUCCGUGGCGCAAACUCCCUCCUGGACCUGCAGGGCUUCCGAUUCUGGGCAACGUACUACAGAUGGGUGGAAAGCAAUGGCUUACAUUCAGCAACUGGAGGGAUAAAUAUGGGGACCUUAUCUAUCUCAACGUCGCCGGGCAGCCUCUGGUCGUCAUCAGCUCGCAGAAGAUUGUAGGAGACCUUCUGAACCGUCGCUCUAAGACAUACUCCGACAGACCAAAGAAUAUUGUUCCCAACGAGCUUAUGACGGGCGGAAUGCUGAUCACAUUCACCCACUACAACGACGUUUGGCGCCGGCUGCGAAAAGCCGCUCAUGAAGCAUUAAAUAAGGGUGUGGUACAUAAUUAUCAUGCGACGCAGGCGAGGGAAGCUGUCCUCUUAGCGCAUGGC